CUACUAAAAAAACACAUCCUCUGAUUCGCGGGAAAGCGAAAAAAAUGGCGCCGGCGAGAGUUUGAAGCUCGGAGCCGCCAAACAGAGGCAGAGGGAGAGGAGAGUUGACGAGAAGGAGGAGAGGACAGACGGCGGGACUCUGCUGCGGCUCCACUGGCUCGAUACCCCCGUCUGUCUGCCUGCGGCUCCCGCCGGCCUGUUACCGGACCGAGAAGGGCUCCGAGCUCCAGAGGACCGAGAGAAGGGCGUGAUUGGAUCCGCCUGAGAGGAGGAUGUUUGAGGACCUGAUCGAAGCCUUCUGUGGUCUGGAGCCUCAGGUGUCUCCGGGGGGCGAGGGAAGCCAGAGCGGGACUCUGCCAGAGGUUGAGGGGGCGGAGUCCAGUCUGAGUGUGGGCCAGUUUGUGCUUUGCCAUUGGUCAGAUGGACUAUACUACCUAGGAAAGAUACAGAGGGUGAGCCCCCCCAGACAAAGCUGCUUUGUCACAUUUGAGGACAACUCGAAGUUCUGGGUCCUCUGGAAAGACAUCCAGCAUGCCGGAGUGCCGGGGGAGGAGCCUCGCUGCUCUGUGUGUCACAAGGCGGAGCCAGACCCCGACGGCCAGCCCAAGGUCAACAACCACAUCCUGAUUUGUGGGAAGUGCGGCAUCGGCUUCCACCAGCUGUGUCAUACUCCUCCAGUAGAGGGCAGCACCCUGAGCCCUUGGUUCUGCAGACGUUGUGUCUUUGCUCUGGCUGUUCGGAAAGGGGGCGCUCUGAAGAAGGGGCCGAUAGCCAAAGCUCUGUGUGCCAUGAAGCAGGUCCUGUCCUACAACCUGGAGUCUUUGGACUGGGACUCUCAGCACCGAACCAAUCAGCAGCAGUGUUACUGUUACUGUGGAGGCCCCGGAGAGUGGUACCUGAAGAUGCUGCAGUGCUUCAGGUGUCAGCAGUGGUUCCAUGAGGCCUGUACUCAGUGUCUUCAGGAGUCCAUGAUGUUUGGAGACAGGUUCUACCUCUUCCUGUGUGCGGUGUGUAACAAAGGCUGCGAGUACAUCCGCCGUUUGCCCCUCAGGUGGGUGGAUGUGGUUCACCUGGUUCUCUACAACCUGUCAGUCAGCAGCAAGAAGAAGUACUUUGAGCUCGAUGAGAUUCUGGCCUUCGUAUCAACCAACUGGGACCACUUACAGCUUGGAAAGCUAUCUAACACUCCUCCUGCAGACAGGGGGCAGCACCUGCUGGAUGCUCUCAAUAAGUACAAGAGCAAGUUUCUGUGUGGGAAGGAAAUCAAGAAGAGGAAGUGCAUCUUUCGUUUGAGGACCCGAGUCCCGCCCAACCCCCCCUCCAAACUUUUACCUGAGCGUGCUCUGCAUGAUGGGGGGCGGACCCAGAAGAAGACCUCAGUCAGUAGUUCAGCUGAGAGAAAGAAGAGAAAAUCCAAGUGGCUUCUGGAGGAUGCUAUUCCUAAUAGCGAGUUGUCCUGCAGCUGGACUUCCAACCACCACAUGGCCAACAUCUUUGAUUUCACCUUGGAUGAGCUCCAGAGCCUGAAGAGCAGCUCCAACAGAACCGUCAGCGUUGAUCAGGAUUCCACUGACGCAUCCACCUCCGGCUCUGCCACCACCAGUGCCUCCUACCGCCUCAAGAGACGAGUGGGCAGCAAGAAGAGAAAGUUACCUAGCAACAGCUACAGCCAAUGGGCCAAUCGCAGUGAGGCGGACGAGGAGCCCGCCGAGACCGCCGAGGAGCAAGCUGCUGCUCCCGACGCCCGUCUGAACACGGAGCUGCCACACUUUCUGUCAGACCCCGCCCACAUCCCGUCAGACUCCUCCCUCCUCCAUUCCUCCAUCUCCUCGUACUUUGGCCGGCUGAGCAGUGGGGAGAGGUACCAGGUGCUGGCUCGCCGUGUCACUCCUCAGGGGACGGUCCAGUACCUUCUGGAGUGGGAGGGAACUACUCCCUUUUAGGACUUUGACCAGUCACCUCAUAUAGGCUCUGUUUGAGCCUUUGGUUCCUCUGCGUCCUCACCAGCCCGACAGCUGUCUGUGCAUCUCUGCUUUUCUAUUGGUCUAACUCAAACGCAGCAAAUCUCAGCUUGACAAAGAAGUUUUGCUGCAGAAGUGAGCACUUAUCGCCCCCAUCCCGCUGUCUCUGUGACUGACCCUCAUUCCUGUGGCUGUUGGGCUGAUGUGGAUGUAGACGGCAUCAAAGCUGCUCUCAAACCUGUGAAAACAGUAUUUAGUGGAACCGUCGCUCAGCCAAAGACGCAGUCUGAAGUGAAGCUCGUUCUGAGUGUUAUUGAAGUUCUGCUCUGUUCGCUUUGAGGAGCCGUUUGUGUUAAACUGUCGCUCGUAUUGUUGCUUGUGUUGCACCCCACCCCCCACCCCCAAGCUGUCAAACAGCAAACUGAGCCACCCGCCCUCAGUGCAUUUGCAUUCGCUCUCCUGUUCUGGACCUCCUGGUUCGGUUCUGUUACGUUUGAACAGAGAGCACCAUGUCACAUGUUUGGCCGUGGCGCCAGAGUCGACGUGUUCACAGAGGACGUCAGGGUCAUCGGGCCACAACAGUCUGUCGCCACUCCAGCCUCCUGCACUGCACACACAACCACAUCUAUGCAAACACCAGCAAGGUCCCCCACAGAUAAUCAGCCAGAAGGUUAGCUCAAAGCUAACACAGCCCUUUGUUUUAAAUGAGAAGUGCUAACAGUGCUAACAGUCUUUGAGACCUUAAACUUUCACUGUGUCACUUUAAUGCUGCAGCUCCCCCCGCUGCCAUGGUAACCCUGCUCUUCUCCCAUUGGCCUGUUUGAAUGGUUGUUGUGAUCACGUGACUGCAUGUUUAUCUUUUGUAGGAGCAGCUGACCCACCAGCUUUUUAGAAUAAAAAAAGAUCCUGACCUUUGA